AGCUUAAAAACAUGUGGCCAACUGUCAUGAAAUGGGAGGAGGAUAAGAAAGCUCAUGGGUUGUACGUGUGUCAUUUUGAGGUCUUACGCAAUUGAGAAUAUUUUCAAAGGCUCCGUAAUAGGAAACAAACAUUUUCAUGAAAAUUAUUUCACGUAAGCUCUCAAGUGGGUUUUCUGGUUUUGAAGGUGAGAUUUGAGGGCAGUCGUUGCGAGGCGGCAGAAACUAUUGCUUCAGUUAUCAAACCCGGAACUAAAUUCAAGACAUUUCAUUGCUGCAAUGACUGACAUGGAUGCCGUACCCGAAAAAAGGAGAAAACGGAGUGACAGUACAGGCGACCAUUUCGACGACCGACAAACCGAAGCAGAACUAUUGAAAUGCUUCGAUAAAUAUGAUAUGACACAUAAAAAGCGAGGUGUCGCCUACAUCUUCAACAAUGAAACUUUCAGACACUCGGAACUUACUUGUGGUGGAUCAUCAAAAGACGCACAAGAUUUUAAAAUGGCAUUAAUAAGACUUGGAUUACAGGAAGAAGAUAUCCAUAUUAAUACAGAUUUAAGUACCGAAGAGAUGAUUGGGGUUUUGCAAAGGUUUGGCAAAGAUAAUACUGAUAUUGAUUCUGAUUGUUUUAUUUGUGCAAUACUAAGUUAUAGUAACUCAGAAGGUCUAAUCUAUGGAUACGACGAUAAAACUGAACUAGAGAAAUUACUUUCUUAUCUGAGACCCGAUCGUUGUCCAUGUUUAAAAGGAAUACCUAAAUUAUUCUUUAUUCAAGCAUGCCGAGGAAGUAAGAUGGAUUGUGGGGUCGAACAAAAUGAUGUUGCUUCCUAUGGAUUUGAAAAAACGUCAUCCAAAAUUCCAAUUAUGGCAGAUAUGCUGGUUGCUUAUUCAUCGUGUGAUAAAUAUCCUUCUUUCGGAAAUGAAGAAGGAGGCUCGUGGUUUAUGCAAACUCUAAGUAAAAUGUUGACGUAUUAUGGCACUGAACAUGAAAUCAUGACACUUUUAACCGCUGUCUCUAAGUACGUUGCCUCUUUAGGCUCCCGGAUUCCGGACAAUUCAGCAUACAAUGAAUAUAAACAAAUGCCUCACAUUACGUCGACAUUGACUAAACAACUGAAGUUUGAACCGUAGAACAUUUGUAAUAUGGGAUCCUUAAAUACAGUGAGAAUUUCUGAUGCACGCACACAUUAUACGAAUAUAUAUAUAUAUAUAUAUAUGUAUAAGGAUGAAAAGGAACACAUAUGAUUACAGACUUAAUUUGAUUUUAUAAAUAUCAUCUAACUUUUAAGACGUUUAACUAAAACUAUUUUCUACCGUAAAUUUCAAUAAGGACACAAGUGCCUUAUAUUUUCAUGCUAAAUCUCAAAAUAAUUCUUCACUCUGAAAAUUCAACUAACAUUGUUUGGCGAACCUGGUGCACAGUCACCCCUAACCCCGGAACCAACCUUUCCGAUUUUUUUUCCGCACCGGAUUCCUAUGUUUUCGAUGACGGAGAUUCCAAAUAUGAAAAAAAAAAAAA